AUGCCUCCCAAAGUAACACGUUACGUCAUGUUAUGUUCACCACGCCAUAUCGCCAUUUUAAACACCGAUCGACAUCAUCAUUCUUCAAUUUUAUUGAUUGACAAUACCUAUGAAGAGAUUAUCGAGACAGUUCGCUCGGAUACUUGUAGCUUAAAUUUUACGCACCGCAAUACCGAUCGUGUGAUAGAUUCGUUAGCCGAAAAAAAUUGGACUCAGUGUUUGCCAAUCUGGAUAUCGAUAGUGCACUUCCAACCUUUUAUGACCAACUUUGGAAUAUACUGCGUGCGAACAUCCCUCCUAGACGAUCAAAUCGAUGUAAGCCGUUUAAGCUCCCUUGGUGGAACUCUGAACUACGAAGAAGCCUUUCCCGGAGAAGAAAGGCACCGUACCUCUUGGAAGAGAAUCUUCGGCUGCCACAUCCGGCCAGCAAAGGCGGAACUUUGGAAGCGGAAUCCGGUUUCACGUGAUCUUAGCAACCCGGAGAACCUGCGGAACCGCACCGUUCUUUCCGGAGAAUUACAGCAUCUGCUGAAGAAAAAACCAAAAGGGUCAUUUCGACCUUUUUUUAAAAUACCUCUUCAUCACCACUCACGUGCGCACAUAUUGCGACGCCCCAGCAGCCGGAAGUAUGGUCACCAUUGUGUGUCGUAUUGGGCGAAUUGUCAAAAAAAUCAGGCUUCGCCAGCAGACGCGACAGAACCAGGUGGCACCGUUGGAAGCUCCUGGCACGCUCAAGAAUGGACACCAGCGAGGACGGCAGACACGGCAGGGUUGUGUUUUCCCGUAAGCGGCUUAAGACGCGCCCAAGUGGUGGUCUAUCGACAACAGGAAACACGACAGCGUCGUGUGAAACUUCCAGCAGCAGCAACCGCGCUCGAAUCCAAGUAUUGGAGAAAUCAUCUGGUGCCGCGGGGCAAGAGAUCCGGCAGCUCUAGCGCCUCUCAAACGGAGAAAAGACAACAGUUCGUUCCGCCGGGGCAGAGUAUCUUUUACGGCGACACAACUUCGAGAAAGCUGAUCCCGAAACGGCAUCCGGCACGGCAAUGUCGUGCUUCGCCAUCGGAUACCGGCCGCACCCCGAGUGCGUUGGAAGUGCUGCACCAGCAGCAGAGCAACAACAACUACAGCAGCCGCAUGGCCAGGCGGGCGAACGCCAUGGUGGCAGGUACGAGGCAGCCAGUGGAACCAUGUAUGGUUCCCCAGGAAGGUGCCAGUCGGAAGUGAGCCGUAAGUGAAAUUUUAAUACUACACUCCAAGAAAAGUGACCGGAGUAAUCGGGAGAUUGGGUGGGAAAAAAAUAAAAUGUUGCCAAUAUAGAAAAUUAACAUUAUUUUAUCGAUCAUUUAUUUUGUGGCGACGAUCAUAAGAAACCUUCCAUAGCAAUAUGUUGACUUUGCCAAAGCCUUCAAUAAAGUGCCGCAUAUGGUCGUGAUGGAGAAACUCAAGCGCUACGGAUUCCCGGAAUGGGCAACCAAAUGGUUGCAUUCCUACCUGUUACA